CGAAAAAUCUUGUAAUUUUGGAAUUUUAUUUUCCUUUCAGAAAGCCUUGAUCUCAACAGUAGAUUCAGUUAGGAGGCUUAUGAGAGAAGUGGAAUAUCAAGAGAAAGUUGCAGAGAAAGCAACAAAGGAAGCUGCUUUGAGUAGUUUAGAUACUCUAGUAAAGAUGGAUAAACGUAAUCAGGCCCUUGUACAAGCAAAAGAAACAAAAAACAUGCUUGUUACAAAAGUGAAUGCAGAAAAAAAUGUUUUAGCUGUCAAAAUGGAGUUGAUUCAUCGUCGCGUGGCAAAUAUGUUAGAUGUUGGAGAUAGAUCUCUUGAUGCUCUUAGUGAGAUGGAUAAAGCCCUCAAACAGAGAUUGACUUCAGCUAUAAGCAGAAAGGAGCUUGCAAACUGGAAAAAGCAAAAAAAUGAAUCAACACUUGCAAAUUACCAAGAACACGAGAUAGAAAAGGUGGUAGAAGAAUUUAACAGACUCAAUCAAGAAACACUGGAGAAUUCCAAAGUGCAGGAGCUACUUAAAGAUCUCGAGCAUCUGACCGAUACAUUAAAUGGAGAGAUAACUGAUCAACGUCAAGAUGUUAACCAGCUAAAAGUCUAGCUUGACCAAGUACUUAUGUUUGGUGGAGUAUUGUCUUGUUAAAGAUUCAUUCAUGUUAUAACUUUUAAUAGAUUAUGAUGUUAAUUAUCUUCCAUUAAUGAUAUGUCAAACAUGUUGGCUUGAAGAUGAUUGGUAUUGAGAAAUUAAUGGAUAGAAAUUCGAUAGAACA